UUCGUCCGCCCCUCUCUCUCUCUGGUCUUGCUCUGCGCUGAGAGUGUUCAGUAGUGCGUGUGUGUGGUGGAGUCAGUACAGGACCUGAAGGAGAGCACCAACACACUGCUCUGCUGAAUGAGCUUAGCCUGUGGACUGAUGGAGUGUGUACAGGACCUGAUUGAGGCCAUCAGCUGGACUGCUCAGUGUUUGCUUUUGCUGUCUGGAGGAGUAUAAGUCUGAUCAACACAGAAGGUGCAGUAUCAGCGGAUCGGCAGUAUGAGUGUGUGUGGCCCCGGGGCCCCGGCGUCUCCGGAGCGCUGUGUGUCUCGAGACUCCAUGGAGGACUACUGGAGCGAAGUCAAGAACAUCCAGGAGGACACACACACACAGCAGGAGGAGCCAGCUGAGCAGGCCAGCACAGAUGAGGCGGAGCUUGAGGAGGCGUGGCUGCAGGAGGCGGGGCUCUCCACACUGACGACAGGAGCUCAGGGCGAUGGCCCGGCGGAGGCUCUUCUGUCCACGCUCACACACUCGCAGGCCGCCAUGGUGAAGAAGCGGCUGGACAACUACACACACACACUGCGCAAGAGGAACCGCCAGCCCAUGAGGCACGUGCGGGACGUCUUCUCCACGCCAGAAUCAGCGUCUGAGCUGACGCCUCCCGUUUCCCCAAAUGGACAGAUCUCCCCCAAACUCCCGCAGUGGAAUCCUCCUAAAGCUCCUCCAGCAUGUCCCGACUUCACUACAGCCGACAGCAACGGUUCCAGCAGCACUUUAAGGACCAUCGAUCUAUCCUUUUCCACACCGUAUUCAGACGGAGCUCGAGGUCAGCAAAAAUUACGAGAAACGCAAGAAUGCAAGAAGAUCCGGAAAGAAGACAGGGAAUUACUGUGUUUUCAGGUAGUAAAGCCCAGACAGGGAGACACACGAGUGAUGGAUCUGUCGUCAGACGAUAUGAAGAAGAUCGGCUACAUCUCUCUGAUCGAGCUCACCACAUUCUACAGCAACCUGGGCAUCGAGGUCAAGAGGAACCGAGUGGUGCACAGUAAAGCCAGAGAUAGCGGGAUCUUCGGUGUUCCUCUGAUGACGCUGCUGGAAAACGACCGGAAGAAAUACCCUGGAUCGAGAGUUCCUCUGGUUUUCAAGAAGCUGUUGGCUAAGCUGGAGCAGACCGGGUUACAGACUGAGGGAAUCCUCCGGGUUCCAGGAUCAGCAGUCAGAGUCAAGCAACUGCGUCAGGAGCUGGAGCUGAACUUCUAUGAGGAGCGCUUCGACUGGGAUCAGGUGCACCAGAACGAUGCUGCAGGUUUGCUGAAGAUGUUCAUCCGUGAGCUACCGUACCCGUUACUGACCCAGCAGAACCUGCCGGCCUUCAUGGCUGUUCAGAGAAUCUCCUCCCCGAAAUACCAGAUUCAGGCUCUUCAUCUGCUCAUUAUGAUGCUUCCAGAAGCCAACAGAGACACACUGAAGGCUCUGCUGGAGUUCCUGAGGAAAGUGGUGGCGUGCGAGGAGAAGAACCGCAUGAGUGUGUGGAACGUCUCCAUGAUCGUGGCCCCAAAUCUCUUCACUUUCAGAGGCAAAAACGCCAAACAGGAGGAGAUGAAGAGCGCCGUGGCUGCUGCUCAGAUAGUGCGCGCCCUCAUCAGUCAUCAAGACCUGCUGUGGAUGGUUCCGUGUUUUCUGAUCAAUCAAGUGAGAAAAAUGAACGAUGCUGCAAUGGCCAAGAAAUCGCUGAGCUCCGAGAAGAGCAAACGUGGACUCUUGAGCCGGUGGAAGGACCGCGAGCGCAGUGAAGUGAAGGAUCUUCGUGACGGGGUCAUCAGAGUUAAUGCGCCGCUUCACGCCAAAGUUUCAAUGGCGAUUCAGCUGAGCAUCGAGAUGAAGGCCAGAGACAUCACUGCGCGUUUUGACAUCGAGAAAGGACGUGGAUCGCGGAGUGGCAGUCGGCGACAGAAACAGCAUCUGUUCGAGGUCGGCGGAAACAUCGGCGAGCGCUGCCUGGAUCCAGAUGCAUGUCUACUAGACGUUUACCACGCUAACCCUCAUUGUCAAUGGGUGUUAAAGCCCCGCCAAACCUGAGACGCCCUGAACAUGUGUGUUUACUCAAACCCAAAGACCCCUAGGUCAAAGGUCAAACAUUAGGAUUCACACUGAGAUGCUCAAUGCUGGUCAUUGAGCCUGUGUGUGUGUGUGUGUGAGCGCAUGUUUCAUCACUUUAGACCACUAGCCAGUGUAAAAAAACAAAAAAUAGCAUGUACAUAACAUAUUUAUAGCACUAAUUUAUCCAGCUGUACCAUAAUUCUUUUGUAUUGUUUAUAUACGCUGCAUGUCUGAGAUGAAGCCGUGAGAAUUGAAACACUACAAACCCUGUGAAGAACAAGAGUGAAGCGCACCAAAAUCACAUUGUUUAUUUUAAAAAGGAGAAGAUAUCUCAGAUUAUGUGUAUUAUUGGGGGUGAAUUAUUGUAAUGGAGAAUGUUUGAGUUGAGUUUUUACGGUCAAAAUGAAGGUUUUGUUUUUAAUACUGUGAAUUUGUGUUUAAUUCUCCAUUAAUUUCUCCAUUUGAUUAUUUACACUAUGUAAAAAGCUGUGAUUUUGGUGUGACGUAUGAGCUGUUCUUGUACACUGAUCUGCACGGGUGAUUAUUACCUCUAAUUAAACCAGAUGAAUAUUAAUGCCAACGUCAUCAAACACUAACUGGAUUCAUGAAGGACGUCCGGAAACUCUCAUAUUUAUGAACUCUAAAAGCAACGUGACGCUUAUGAGAGAUGCCCAAUGACUUGUGAAGGACAUUUAUGCACAUUUUUACUUUAUAGCACAUCAUCUUCUCUGCCAAUGAUCUCUGAUGCUCUGAUUUGUCUGAUUUUUUACUUCAUUUGAAAGCUGAUUUUCCCGUAUGUUGAGUUUUUAUGCCUUUUUUAUGAUGUUUAUACUGAAUUGUUUAUUUCUCAUGGAAAUCUUUUGUUGUUUGUCAUGCUGAAUGUGUUUGAUCAUACUGAGAAUGUGCAUCUUUACAUCAUUUAAAGCCAUGAGAACAUGUUUUGUUUGAUUUUUAGUUUCAUUGAAACCAAAACGUGUCAAACAUGAGUAUUAAGAAGAACAAAUAGCCAUGAUCACGAUGCCGGAUGCUAGAUAUCUACCACUGAACUACUAUCUGUGUUGUAAUACUGAGUGAAACAGCAGGUCAUUAUGAAAGAAAUGCUAUUAAAGCACCUGAAACACA